AUGGGAAUUACAAUCAUACCUCGUGUAAUCGUAUGGUUUUUGGUUGUGAUGGCAAAAACAAUGUACAGACUUGUAAUACCAUACAGAUUUCAAAAAAAGAAGAGUUUAAAGGGAAAGGUAACUUCAUAAUAAUAUUUUUAAUUGUCAGUAGAAGCUUAUGGUUUGAUCAGAUCUCUUGGUAGAGUUAGUAAAUAAAUUGUAAACUGUUACAGAAAGUCAUAUUAACUGGAGCUUGUGGAGGACUUGGAUCGGCGUUUGCACGGGCACUGGCUAAAGAAGGUUGUCAUCUAGCUUUGUGGGACAUUAAUGAACUUGGUUUGAAAAAGUUAAAGAUGGAUUUAUUGGAUCAACAUGAUAUUGAUGUACGUGUAAUGCAGACAGUUUUGAUUUUUAUUUUUCACUGUACUGUAUCUAUUAGGUGCUGACAUAAAGAACCCGCUAUACUUUUUCUGUAAUUUCCGGUAAAAAAUGGCUGGUUUUUAUGUCGGCAUCGAAUACUUUCUAAUCUGCUAUAUUUUAUAGUUUUUUUUGUAAUUUUUAUGAUUCUAGGCUUCUUUCUAACUAUAAUACCUCUUUCUUAUUUUAACUAUUAUAUCAUACCUCUCUUCAACUACCCAACAUAGUACUUUUAGGUAUUCACCCAAGUAGUUGACAUAGCAAAUGAACAAGAAGUUAUUCAAAAGUCAAAUGAAUUAAAAUCUUUGUUUGGAGAGAUUAAUAUGGUUUUUAACAAUGCUGGCGUCAUCAAUGUAACACCACUAUUGGAGACAAGCACCGAAUUAUUGGAAAAGCUAAUUCACGUUAACUUAAUGUCACAUUAUUAUGUACGUUGAAAUAUUAUACAUGUAUUAACUAAAACUUCAGAUUAUCAAGCAAUUCUUACCAACUAUGAUAGAGAGGAAUGAAGGUCAUAUUGUGGCUACAUGUUCUGCUGCCGGCCACAUUUGUCCAUCUGGUAUUUUUUCGAAUUUACUUCUAGUGACUAAAUAUUUCAUGAUAUUUAGAUAGAACAGAAGGUUAUGAUAUUUUUUACAUCAUUUCAGAAGUUGUUGAUUACACCGGAUCAAAGUUUGCUGUUCGUGGCUACAUGGAAGCCCUAUAUCAUCAGAUGCUGGCAGCUGGGCAUAACAUAGAAUUUACUACAAUAUGCCCAUGGUAA